GAGUUGAACACAAGCACCUGUCAGUGUGGAGCUCUGUGGACUGCAGAUACUAGCUGUAUAUCAUCACUUAACUGGAUUUACCAGACGUGUUCAACUCUCCAGAAUGGCUUGCUCACCGUGGACUGUUGUCUUUAUCUCAGUUACUCUCUGUGUGCUGCAGCAAGGGUUUGGAUAUCCUCUAUCCGAUCAGUCUGAAGCAUCAAGUGAUCCCCCUGCUCUCAAACGGGUCCGGACCAAACGCUGCUCCUGUAGCAGCUGGUCGGACAACGAGUGCAUCUAUUUCUGCCAUUUGGACAUCAUCUGGGUCAACACACCGAAUAAGAUCACACCUUUCGGUCUGGGAAGCCCUCUGUCCCGUCGCCGGCGCUCCACGGGCCGCUGUGAAUGUGCCAAUCCCACCGACCGGACCUGCUCCAGUUUCUGUCACAGCAGUUCAGAAAAUCCAGAUAUGGAGAUUGUGACCCAAUUAGAUGACGAGUCAAAUCACCCUGGCAAAACUAGCGGUUAUUUACUGUCAUCUCUCAGGAAGGUGAUUAAAAACAACUUCAUGACAGCCUCACGAACGGCUUCGACCAAGAAGAAAUCCCAACUCAGGAAUCUCUUGAUCAGUUAGAGAGAGAUGAGGUGACGGUCGACUGAUGGAGCGCCUGAACAAAGUCCUGCAGACGGGACGGAUUCACUGAGUUCAAGAGCGAGCUGAACUGCUGAGGCACAAACCCUCAGGUACUUCAGCUGAAGAGGAGCAGGACGAGAGAACCCAGAGAAAAGAAGAAAAGAUCACCUUCUGCAUCAGUGAACUGGUGACAUUUCCAAUUAAGAGUGAGUUAAAAACAGCGGACAUCAUUUAAGUUUGCCAUGUGAGAAGCUAUGGUGGGAAAGAUGAAACCCCUGCGCUUGAAAGAUUUAAGAUACUGUUUAAUCUCUGUUCUUGACACUGAAUAUUUCCUUUUUUAUUAUCCUUUAUUUAUUAUGUUUUCUCUGUAUCAGAGCUUAACUUUAUUAUUUAUUUAUUUACAUAUUUAUUUUUCUUUUAUUUGGAAAUUAAUGUGUCUGAUGCUUUGUGAUCAGCUGCUCAAAAAAAGAGUCCAAAAUGAAAAAAAAAAAAAAAAAAACAACACUUGAGGAAUGUUUAUCUGUUUUCUUUUUAUGGCUCUUCCUUCCCUCCAUUUUUCCUGAUUUUCCCUUCAGUGAAGGCGGAAGUACUUAUUGCAUACUUUCAGUGGAGUGUUCAGAUACCGGUAUGUUUCAAUAGCUCAAAGCUUACCAAAAAAAAAAAAACUCUGUUAUUGUUUUCCUAAAGUAAAGCCGGCUCCAUUAUAUAAAUACUGUAAAAGCUACUGUGUAGAGUUCCCAUUACUGCCUCAUUAAAUGCAAUCUGUUCAUGACUACUUUAA